GCGAAACUCAAGAUAGAUAAAGUUAUUGCACCGCUAGCUAGCACAAGUUAGUUAGCGAUAGCUUAUAGCUCACAGAAUAAAGAAAAUGAGCAAAAAAGACAACGGAGGUUUAACAGUCAUAUUUGCUUACCUGAACGAGAAGAACCGCCCUUACAGUGCACAAGAUGUCUUUAACAAUUUACAGAAGCAGCACGGCCUGGGAAAGACGGCUGUGGUUAAAGCCAUGGAACAGUUGGCACUGGAAGGGAAGAUCAAAGAGAAAACCUAUGGGAAGCAAAAGAUCUACUUUGCUGAUCAGGCCCAGUUUGCAGAGGUGAGUGAGGCAGAUCUGAAGGCCAUCGACAGUCGCAUCUCUGACCUCAGCACACAGGUGCAGGCAAUCUCUCAGGGCUGCAGACAGCUGGACGCAGAGCUGAAGGAGCUCAACAGCUCCCUGACCACAGAGGAAAUGAUGUCAGAGAUCAAGGAGCUGAAAGCAGAGUGUUCUGGUUACAGGGAGCACCUGGAGAAGAUCAAGUCGGCGACCAAUCAUGUCACACCAGAGCAGAAGGAAAUGGUUUACAAGGAGAGACAUCUCUACGUGAAAGAGUGGAAGAAGAGGAAGAGACUGGCAUCUGAUAUGAUGGGUUCCAUUUUGGAGGGAUACCCCAAGACCAAGAAGCAAUUUCUGGAAGAAGUUGGUGUGGAGACUGAUGAGGACUGUAAAGUGACUAUGCCAAGUACCUGACAGAAUGUUGGAUCUUUGUUUACGUUUGACUUGAAUGUCAAUUCCGAGGGAGUAUU